CACCUGAUACAAUGCCCAGAAGAUCUCUAAUUCUUACACCUCUGAAUUCUAGUCAUGCCUCGUGGUCAGCCUGCAGGUCAUCUCAGGGCUGAUGGGGUGGGAAGACUGAGAUACGACAUGCAUAGUGGAUGGUGGGGAAGGGCAGAAGAAUCCCCCUGAUAGAGCCACCCAACACUAUCAGAGACACAAAUGUCCAUCCUGCUGACCCUCCCUUGUCCAAACCCCACCCUGGUGGUGACAACCCACGCUUGACCAAUAGUCUCACCUCAUUGGGAGAAGCAAGGGCCUGGAAACUAGAAGUGAUGAAUAAAAGGCCACAUGGAGAAGCAGCAGCACCGACUUGCUUUUGGCACCUUAGUGAUCACCAGUAAGCUCCCAGAUACCAUGGUGCAUUUUACGGCUGAAGAGAGGGCUGCUGUUGUUAGCCUGUGGGCCAAGGUGAACGUGGAGUUGGUUGGAGGCGAGGUCCUGGGAAGGCUUCUGGUUGUUUAUCCAUGGACCCAGAGAUUCUUUGACAAUUUUGGCAACUUAUCCUCUGAGUCUGCCAUAAUGGGCAACCCCAAGGUCAAGGCCCAUGGCAAGAAGGUACUGACCUCCUUUGGAAACGCUGUUAAACAUAUGGAUGACCUCAAGGACACCUUUGCUGAGCUGAGUGAGCUGCAUUGUGACAAGAUGCAUGUGGAUCCUGAGAACUUCAAGCUUCUAGGCAACAUGAUUUUGAUUGUCUUGGCAACUCACUUCAGCAAGGAGUUUACUCCACAGGUGCAGGCUGCUUGGCAGAAGCUGACCACUGCUGUGGCUAAUGCUCUGGCCCACAGGUACCACUGAGGUGCUUAUCUAACCAUGUUGGCACCUACUGGAUGGCCCUCUGUUCCAAGAGUCCAUCUCCUGCAGAUGGGCAGUGUCCUGCCCCCUUACUUAAGUGCUAUAUGAUAAAAAUAAAAUAAACAUUGUGCUCUAUAAGAAACAUCCUUGUCUUCUCUCUCUGUCUUUAUCUCUUAUGUUGAUUCAGCUAAAAGAAAGCAAUCCUAUAAGGAAUGGGGUUAUUUGAAAUAAGGAGUUUGGGGAGGAUAGAGAAGAGAGCCUUAUAAGAUUCUUCAAGAUAAGAGUGGCUUUGGGCACCUGGGUGGCUCAGUCAGUUAAGCAUCCAACUCUUGGUUUCAGCUCAGGUCAUGAUCUCACAGUUCAUGCGUUCAAGUCCUGCAUUGGGCUCUACACUGAAGUCAUGGAGCCUGCUUUAGAUUCUCUCUCUCUCCUUCCCUCUCU